CCAGUUUGUCUUGGUAUUAGGUACCAUGCAGAUCCAAGCACAAGGGUAGAAACCAUCCUGGACCAGGCAGGUCAUCCCUGUAACGUAACUAACUCCGGAAGCUUCAACUAAAGGGUUGAGAUCGCUUUUUUUCUACACAACAAAACACUAGGCAAGGAAAAAUCCUAUCAGAAAAUCACAAUGUUAUCACAUUCUGCCAUGGUCAAAGAGAGGAAAAAACAAGCAUCAGCGAUUAUGGAUGAAAUACACAGAAAUGAAUCACCCAGCUUAAACCUUGGUAAAAAAGUCAGCACCCCCAGAGAUAUCAUGGUAGAGGAACUAUCGACGCUCAGCAACAGAGGUGCAAGACUCUUCAAGAGACGUCAGCGGAGAUCUGACAAAUACACAUAUGAAAACUAUCAUUACGUAGCAAACAAGCCAAGAAAUCGUGGAGAGCCCAUACAGAGUGUUAGAAUGGAUGGACUCAGUGUGGAAGGGAUUCACCAGCAUGCCCCAGUGACACCUCCUAAUACUCCUGAUCCCCGGAGCCCACCACAUCCUGACAACAUUGCCCCAGGAUAUUCUGGACCACUGAAAGAAAUUCCUCCUGAAAAGUUCAACACUACUUCUGUGCCAAAGUAUUAUCAGUCUCCCUGGAUAGAAGCUAUUAGAGAUGAUCCAGAGCUGCUGGAAGCUUUAUAUCCUAAACUUUUUAAACCUGAAGCAAAACCAGAACUGCCUGAUUACAGGAGCUUUAACAGAGUUGCCACUCCUUUUGGUGGUUUUGAGAGAGCAUCAAAGCUGGUGAAAUUCAAGGUACCAGAUUAUAACCUACUGAUGCUAAAUGACCCCAGAUUCAUGAUCCUCACAAACCCUCUUGCUACCAGAAGAUCCUUCAAUAGAACUCCAAAAGGAUGGUCAUCUGAGAAUAUUCCUGUAGUGUUCAUUCAGCCUUCAGAUUCUGACACUGUUCCAGAAACAGAGGACCUGUGAGAUAAGCUGCACAAAAAGCUGAAAGCUGCACAACCAUGUAUUUUGGUCCAAUCAUUACUAAAGGCUACCAACAAAAUUCUUCCUUGGCAAGUGAAGUAUGAAUAAUAAUGUCUGAUGCAAUGUCUCUUUUCCAGCACCUAAUUUCAUCUGUAGUCAUAACAUAAAUAAACUAAUCUGGC